AUGGAAAAUGUUUUGGGAUCGUUGCCCUUGACUGCUCCACCUUUACCAUCUGCGACCAUAGAGAUCCCUGAUCUAAAUACUUCUUUACCCCAACUUCAGCGACAACAACAACAUCCACAACAACAAUCUUCUCAGCCACCUUCCACCAAGGAAAUUUCACAUACUCGUUCUCCUAAGAACCUUGAUGAUGCAUAUGGCUCACAAUUGAUGGAGUUUAAGCUUGGAACUCCUGUUUCUAGAUCAAAUGACUACAGGGACUCUCGGUCCAUUGAUGGAUCCACGUCUUCGAGUGAUUUAUCUAUUCCACCCUUGAAUUCUGCUACUCGGCCACCCCCCUCAUAUACUCUCAACAUUAUGGUUCGUCAGUUCACAAAGUAUGCCGAACGAAAGCUUAAUCUCUGCCUUAAUUCUGUCCCUUUGGAUAGAGAGCCUAACAUUGUGGAGAUGCUCUCUGAAGGCGUCGAUCCCACUUUCGACCGUACUGUAGCCUCUUUAGGUUAUAUUGCUCGUUGCUCUCGACGCCGAGUUACAGAUGCGGUCAUGCAUUGGCGUCGUGGUAAGUCAGAACUACGAGAGAUGGCCAGAUCUAUAUUGGAGAAGGACGUUCUUCUCUACAGGGAGGCAGUGACUGCUCAGAAGAAGGGUCAAAGUUCUAAUAGUGUUAGCUCUGUUCACACUGGCCAUGAUUCUGGAUCUUCUGUUGAUCAACUCCUGCAGAAGGCUCAGAAAUCAGAAAUCACAUUCACUCAAGCAGAUCGACAACUCAGUAUAUCCACCUUCAUUCUUUGGAGAGUGCUCAUAGAAGUGGUGAGGCAAAGCCCCGCCGCCUCUCCUGAGGAUGCAGGCCUCGAAGAGAUUAUGUAUAACUAUAUGCGCAAUAUGGAUCCCUACGUUGUCAGUCAAAGUCUCAUUCACUCGGCUAAUUGGAACUUAUUGGCAGAGCUGCUUGGUGAAAUGUCUGAAAGAUCAUUUCUUUCCGUCAGUGAUCGCUUUAUUGCUGAUUUGGAAAAGUUCCCUACCGGCUACACGGACUCUUCGGUGGUUUCAGAGCCUUCGCUCAGUCUUUUAAUUCAUGGAAUGAGGUACUUGCAGUUGUCUAACACUUCUUUGGAAAGGUUUGAAGAAGGCGCCGAUUUCCUGAAGUCAUUGGCCAAGUUUUUUUACCGCUGUGAAAACGAUACCAUCUCGCUAUCUUACUGCGAAGUUCUUGCUCAACUGAUUCUGAAUUUGGCCGGCUCCCUUACUGCUGAGGUUAACCACCCUACUUGGAUCGAUGCCACCAAGAUAAUUUACACUAAAGCACUGAAAAUAGCUAAUCGCCAGCCAGCUAAAUCCUGGAACUCUGCGAUAAUAUUGGUGGUUGCUUCACUCUGUGUGUUUCCCAAGGAGGCUUUCGAUAGGCAGUGGAUGUCUGUGGCUGAAAUGCUUAUUAGGCGAUUAAAGCCUAAGCUGGACAUCGAUGAGAAGAUCACCAUUGUUAUUUGCAUUAGUAGAUUGAUCUGGGCUUACCUAUUUAGAUAUUCCGAUACCCUCAACGCUAAAACUCGAAAUAUGGAGCUAUUGGCCUCACUUCUUUUCCCAACCCAUCAUUCAAAAAGACAACAGUGGCUCACAAAUGAUCCGAUUCUUAUUCAAUCCACUGUGCAAAUCCUUAGGGCCAUGGCUUACUCUCAGCUCAACUUUACUCUAGAGAAUGUACUACUACCAGUGCUUAAAUCUGGCUACAGUGGCGUUAAUGCCGAAAUUGUUUCCUCUGAGCGUGUUACUCUUUGCAUAAGGUCAUAUUCGUGCAUCUUAUGGGACUAUCAGCAUGCUGAGCAGCCGCCAUUUCCGACAGAUGAUGUGAUUCAUUCGUCUCUGGAUCCAUUGGAGUUUUCUAAUGAUUCGGGUAGCAUGGAAGUGUUUGAAAAGACUUCUUCCAACGCGGCUGUUCACACAGAAGUGUCUAUGAUCAUCCAGAAUCUUCUAUUUGUGCUUGAGGUCUCAGUUGGUUGCAAAUUUCUUGAAGAAGCUCCUACAAGUCAAACUUAUGCUCAGAACACGCCUAAUCCGGUGCGUACUCCUUCAUUGCAGUCCCGUCUAUCGUCAUCAUUUUUCCAUACCGACCAGAAGCACUUUCAUAGCAUGGAUUUGUUUGCAACUGCACUUUCAUCAGUAACUUGGUGUGCGGACGUUGGUAAUGCCACAAAUUACCGACGGAUAGUAGAAUUAAUGGUGAAAAAUGUCGUUCACAGCGAGGCUACAAUUGCCGAGUACUGCGUGGAUGCCCUCAAACUUCUUAUUAGUAAAAAGAACCCCAACAUAAUCACUACUACGUUCACUACCGUUGCUUUCUUUUUGGAUGAAAAGACCGCUAGCUACUUGAACCAUGAAUAUCUCUCCUCGGACAGUUAUAUCAGAUUAUUAGAAGUGUAUGUGGAUGUACUUCAAAGCUGGCUUGAAUCUCUGACUGAUGCACCCGAGUCGUCUGAGACAGAACCUACGGCUAUGUAUAACGUCAAUCAUGGAUUUGUUCAAGAUGAGCCUCACGAAACAAAGAGGCUCGAGUCUUUGGAGCUCAAGAAUAUCGUCAAUAUUAUUGAUGAAGUCGAAGGCAAUGCUCUUUUUUUCUUCUUCAAUCAUGAUUCACGGGUCAGGUUCUUGGGUGCUGAAAUUCUUCGAAUGGUGACACAAUUCGACGAAGUUUUGUAUGAUCUGACCGGCGAGGAUAAUGCCGCAACAGACACGUCUAGUCAUCAGGGUCCAUCUCAUUCGAGGGUUCCUUCAAAGUUUGUAGCAGAGUUUGGAACCAGAGUGAUUCAGAUUUUGGAGGGCUUGGACUUUUUUGAGUAUAUCUCUGCCAAAAAACAUCUUCUUAGUGAAGCCGAAAGGAAAAGGUACGCCAGAUUACAGAGGCAAGGUCGUAAAGACACUGUGCUGCGCGUUGCUGAGUCGCCCCACGGAGUUGAUGCUGCUCUUUGGUUCAAGAUUUUUGAAGAUGUGUUGGAACAGUUGGUGUUAAGGUGCCCUAUUCAGAUAGCUAUUGCCAGAAGUCUCAGUUGUAUUAGGUUAGUACAAUUAUAUGAUGGUAUCGUGGCUAUUAGUAAUGGCAGAGGUGUUGGAAACAACUCAUCACUUAUCUGGGAUUAUAUGCUUUAUCUCAAGAUAGCUUGCUGCUCUUUGACCACUACCAGUGAGCAGAGGUUACAUGUGCCACAAAAGACACAUUCUCGGAAAAAGUCACAACAGAUGUUCACAGUUCAGCACCAGAAAAUCACUUCUGCAAGGUCUAUCUUCCGAAUUACUGUUCCUUUGCUUACUACCAGUAAUGCCAGACUCAAAGAUGCCCUUGUGGAAGGCCUUUCGUGCCUCAACGUGAAUAUCUUCAAGAGUUUCAUGCAGAGUGUUGAUAUUGCUCUCAGUGGAGAAUUACCGACUCCGGCUAGGCCUGUUCAGAGAAACGCUGUUAGUACUACAACAGCUAAUGGAUCAGCAUCUCAUGUUAGAUCUAUCUCUUAUACAUCAAAGUUGCAUCCCACUUUAACUCUGAAUUCGUCGUCUACUGCUUCUUCUUCUUCUUCGUCUCCCUCAUCGCUAGUGGAUUCUAGGCUCACAACUGAGAUCUGCUGUAUAUUGAACAAGGUAAUUGUUAACUUUACCCGUCACAAUGAAGAUUUCUUGGACGAAUGGAUUCUUUCAAAACUUCAAUCGUUGCUUAUCAAUGUUCAGGCAGUGCUUCUUAUGUCCUCUUCUCAAUCCAGCUACAAGUACCAGCGGCUAAGAAAGUAUUUCUGUGGAUUACUGGAAUCUCUACAUAGAGAGCUUCUUAAGAGAGAUCAAGUUGCUGAGUGGAUUCCCUUCAGUUUCAGAAAGCAGGCGUUCGAGUUCAUGAUGCAGUGGUGUGGUUAUGGUCGCGAUGCUGGAUUGUUCCAACAGCGCUAUAAAUCCAUGAAGAUUGACAUUGGUGAUGCCGUGACUUUGCAAGCUUCUUUGGAGCUGCAGAAGCAUCAGAUGCAAUAUGGAGCUAUCAGUUGUAUGGCGUCCUUGUGCGCAAGUCCUACCGUCUCAGAUGAUGAUUCUUUUGAUUUUAGUUGCCUCCUUGAAUGGACGGAUGCUCUGUUCAAUACUCGCAACGAAAGAAUCUCAUCUUUGGCUCGUAGUGCCGUUCUUGACAUUCUUACAGUUAAUAGUGUACCUAUCGAUGUUCUGAACAGGGUAAUUAAGCGUUGUUACGUCGAUGAUCUUUCGCUGGGCAACUAUUUUGUCACGCUUAAAGAUGCCUUUGUCAAGGGAAUUAAAUACGACUAUGCUGCUUACAAGCCAUUGGCUUUGGCUCUGUUCGCAUCUGGCUCUGACAAUUAUAACGUGAGAGCAGCCGCUUCUGCUCUUAUAGAAUUCACCGAGAUGAAGUUCUAUGGCUCUGAUCUCAGUCUUCCCUACGUCGAUGGUAUCUGUUGCCGUUCCAGAAUCAUUUAUAAACGAACGUUGUUUGAGCUUUCUACACAUUUUGCUACUCAUCACCCAGAAGAAAAGUUUAUGAUGAUUUCUGAACUAACCAUGCUGUUUCAUUUGGUUGGUUCUGGCCCAAGAAGAGACAUUAUUGCCGUGCUUUUACCGUGGGUUCAGACUGUGGAGUUGAACCUAACUAAGGAAAGUUCUCAAAAUGGGCAGGAGGCUGACGUUGCACGCGAUUCAUCGCUUAUGGUUCUCUAUAACUUUUUUGAAAUCACCCUCAAGUACUCGCACAGGAUUCAAAAUGAAGUGGAGGCUCUGUGGGUUGCUUUAGGAUCCGGAUUAGAUGGUUCCAGCGCCAAGCAAAUCUUCAAUUUUGUUGUGGAGAACUCCUUGGCUUUGAAGAAUCUUGCCUUUGUUGAAUGUUCUAGACAGGUUGUGGUUAGUCUAUCAACUAUACCCGGCUUCAACGUUGUAGAGGCCCUCUUAAGCCAUUUGGAGCCGAAAUCUAUGAUUCCUACCACCAAGACUACUCCCAGCUUGUUUGUGUCUGGCGGUAAUAAUGCUAUGUUCCCGUCGUUUCCUUACAUCGCGGAUCUUAGCAAGGUGCUUGAGUCAUCCUCCGUCAGUCUUCCAGCUUUUUCUCUGGGUGAAUUAGAUGUGGUAUUUCUUGUAGAUCUUAUUCUGUCUCCAAACGAUAUCGUUAAGGAGCGGUUACCGCUAUUACUUCAUCUCAGUUUUGUGCUUCUGGAUCAUCAGCUCUCAUUGGUACAGGAUCAGGCCUGUGCAUUGCUCAUACAUCUAAUUCAUCAGUACGGAAACUCUAAAUCUGAGAAAAGCAAGUCAAUAAUUGCCUCCCUAAGAUCCCCAGAUUACUCGAAGCAUAUAUGGAAGUACAGGGAUUUGGUUGGUGAUAAAGCAGGAAGAAUUCCUGAUUCCAUGGAUACGCUUAUUAGAGACGUUCUCUCGAUCUUCGUUGAGAUUGUUCCAUCCAUUCAAAAGGAUUGGUCUCGAACAGCAAUUGAAUGGGCCACUUCGUGCAAAGUUAUGCACAUUGCAUCAAGAUCGUUUCAGGUCUUCCGUUGUCUCAUUAGCUUUUUGGACCAAGGUAUGCUCAGGGAUAUGCUAUCGUGCUUGGCAAACACCAUUUCCGAUGAAAAUUUGGGAAUCCAAAGUUUCGCCAUGCAGAUUCUUAUGACUCUGAAUGCCAUUACGGCCGAACUUCGAUCUGAACAACUGAUUGACUUUCCUCAGCUUUUCUGGUCGUCUGUGGCAUCUUUAUCGACGAUCCAUGAACAUGAAUUUAUUGAAGUUCUAUCCGCACUAUCCAAGUUCAUCUCCAAAAUCGACCUGGAUAGUGGUGAUACUGUGCAAUGUCUUAUUUCCACUUUUCCUUCAAAAUGGGAAGGGCGUUUUGAGGGUUUGCAAAAAACAGUCAUGAUUGGUUUACGUUCGGCAAAUGCUUACGAGCCAUCCCUCAAGCUUCUAUGUCGGUUAGAUCUGCUUAAGGACAGUGAAAUAAUUGGUUCAGGCUCUGAGAGAGUUCUUAUGGCCCUUUUGGCUAACCUGCCUCGUCUUUUGCAUGCUCAAUCUACCCACAGAUUCCCCGAAGAUCUUGUGAACUCAGCCAAUGUUAUUGCAGAGAUGGCUGAGAGAAACGAGCUUCCUGGCUUGUCCAGAAUCAUCACUUCUUUGGUCAAGAAGCGGUUCCGCAACAAGGAAGACUUUCUCAGUCAAAUAGUUGAUGUCCUAAAGCGUCAUUUCUUUCCUACUUAUUCGGCAGAGACGCUUGUGUUUUUCCUUGGUCUUCUCUUCAAUAGAAUUCCUUGGAUCAAGACUGAGACUAUGGAUUUAUUGAAACACGUCUUCCGUGCAGUGGACCUCACCUCUGAUGAAUUUGUUGGUUUAGGCGCCGAUCUUGUUGCUCCACUUCUUCGCCUCUUGAUGACAGAUUAUGUUGAUCAGGCAUUGGAGGUCUUAGAUGAGGCCACUGAAAUUUCAGCCUCCCCAUUUGAUAAGCACUAUCUUAUGAUGAGUGCAGGCGAUGCUACUAUGAGGAAGGAAUAUGAGAAGAUAGCAACAUUGUUUGGAAUUCCGGAUGAAUCUGGAUGGUCUGUACCGAUGCCGGCUAUUAGUACCGCCAGAACCCGAAAUAAUAUUCACUCUGUGUACUCGACCUGCGUUGAGCCAUCCAAUGACGAAGAGGAACGGGUAGCAACGGUAGUUUCAACUGUGGAUAUAGCCAAUCCUCCUUUAUCCGACGGUAAGGCUACUGAGCAGGUGAUCGAGAGCAUCAGCGCCAACGAAAAUGUGCUUCCGCUAAGCGAAACAAAUUUGGAUUUGGCUUCUUUAAGUUCUCUUGAGCCGUCGAUAUCUAUUCCUUCGUCCUACGUGCAGUACAACCCUCUAUCACCGGAGAUACAACAGCAGCUCAACUCACAGAAGCUUCCAAGUGGAGACAUGUCCUCCGCUAAUGACACGGACUCGCUUUCUAAUAUGUUGGCCACUCUUGAGAACUUGGAUUCGUUCUUUACCAAAGAUUCUCUCGACUUCCCAGACUCUUACGCCUAUGGACACCAGUACAAUAGUAGUGUGGACACGCGUUCGACGGUAGCUACCAGUGCUGACAACUGGACACUUGAUGAUUCUCCAAUAGUCAGUCCGCCUGCACAGUUCGAGCGCUUGCAGGCACCGUUAUCUUUAGAAACACGGGUUCCAUUGGGGGGGUAA